UGGGAAUCGAUCUCACAUUCUUCAUAACCCAAUUUGGGAUGAGCUCCCAUCUCUCCUAGGAAAAUCUGUGCAGCGUGGUAUCCAGAGCUCUCAACCCGUUGACAGUGGGUCAACAAACAGACGAAGAAGAUAAUUAUCCACUUCCCUUCCGAGAAGUGCUAAUAAUCAUUGCAAUAUGAUGUCACGAUAUCUCAAAGGCCUCAGUUUAACAUCUCCACCGAAGAAUUGUGGGGACUCUGACCUCCCCAUCGACUCCCCCACCCGAGAUGUCACAGCAUCAGGAAAAGACGUAAACUGUGGGGAGAGAGAGCUGCUUCCAAGGAGUAUAUAUAACGCGCGCACACAACAUGCUGCAUGAGAGAGAACUGGAGACAGAGCACAGAAAGCGGGAGAGAGCGAACUCACCUGCCAGCAACACCCAGACACUCCCUCACUACCCCGAUCCAGUCGCCUCUCUUUAGUUUUGCAGCAAUGUGUCUAAAGUGCUGGGUCGUGCCUGUACUGGCUGCUCUAUUCCUUCCGCAGGGCUCCCCAAAAGCAGUCCCCCUGGAUGCACUUAAACAGCUGGUGGAGUUAGUGGUUGCUGAGGAGGUCCUGGGUGGGAUAUCUCCUGCAGGAAGGGUCGAGUCAGACAGCUUGGGUUUCGUGGAAGAAUUGGACUCCUCGAUGGAAGACGGAUUGAAGAUCGGAAUGGAGCAGAAGAGGAGUUUCCCCAACUUUGGUCUGCCUCUUGACAACCUGUCUGUGUGGCAAGCCAGAAACAAACAGAGAAGCUUCCCGCAGAUUCCCAAGCCGCGGUUUUCCGCGCCUCUGGACAGAAUAGGGAGUUCCCGGCUCUCCUCCCAACGCCUCGCCUAAUGCCAAGUGCCGCCCGGGGUGACCCUCCUUGAGACGUAAGAGAAACGAAGAUGUGUUGUGAAGAUUUCUCUGUGACUGGAACUCGCUCGGGCAAGUAGCUGGGGGAUGGGGAUGGGAUGGGGGUUGGGGGAUGAGGAGGAGACAGCCCGGUCGGUGUGCACCAGCAGUUGUGUGUUGUCUGUUGUUGCAUUCUCUCUGUCUGCGUGCAGGGUUUUGUUGUGUUAUUUACUGCAAGAGAGAGAGGCCUGAAAGGAACUGCGUUUAUGUGUUUGCAAGAUAAUAAAUAUUGGGGGGAAGGGUUGGCGGAGGGUGGGGGAGGGGUGAGUGCGCAUGAGUAUGGGACGUGACUUUGUGUUCUGCAUCGGUUUCUGUGCCAACCGGGCAAGAUUGGUUGCCACGGUGACUGUCUCCAUGUUGGAUACCCCCUCUCUUCUCCCCUCCUCUACACAUACUGUUCACCUGUUCACCUGUUCAAAGUCACAGCAUGAAGGUGAUUUCAGUGGCUUCAUUAAAAAAAGCAUAAUUGUUUUUAUUUGGGGGAGAUUGUGGACUUGACUGUUCCCUUCAAAGGAGCUGUGGUGCUGGAGGAAUAAAGGUCUCUUUCAAAGCA